AUGUUUCAAGUCCUUGCUGACGAAUUGACACAUCAGUACGGAAUCCCAAAAGAUCAGGCUGUCAAGAUCACAACGACGUAUCUUAAACAGUUCAGAAAGUGUCCUGAAAAUGCAGCAUUUACUUUAAACUCUUGGCGAAGCAAUCUUUGGUCUAACGCAUUAGGAGAACAGAACUCACACCUCACGGGAGCCAUCUACGAGCGAUGGCUUCAGCUCAGGUACCAUUACUUGAGACUUUCCAAAGAUACGAUUUCAAUGUUACAUCUAAUUAAGAAAAAAUAUUAUCUCGGCCUUAUCUCGAAUGGACCGUCCAACUCACAAUGGGAGAAGAUUCGCAAAUUACAUUUAGAACAAUAUUUCGAUACAAUACUCGUAUCGGGUGACUUACCGUGGGAGAAACCUGAGGCUCGAAUAUUUCAAGAAGCUUGUCAGUUUCUUCAAGUUCGCCCAGAGAGUUGCAUUAUGGUUGGAGACAAAUUGGAAACAGAUAUAUUGGGUGGCAUUGAAGCAGGUUUUGCUUGUACCAUCUGGAUUCCGAUAGCAGAAAAGUCUCGCCUUUCCAGUGAAGACCCUAAACCCAAUUAUACCAUCAAGAAUAUUUGUGAUCUGUCGAAAAUCUUAAAUCGGGGUCCUGAUGCACCUGAGUUGGAGGAUUGCUCUUCAAAUGCUUCCGAUGGAAUGUGA